UACAGUCGUUAUCGGUAGCACUUCGGUCUUCACGGUCCUUGUAUGCCGGAUGGGUCGCCGCUUGUUUGUGCGCGCCCAGCCCUUUUGGUGGCGGCAGAUUGCGGACCUUCGCUAGCUCGUCAUGCAACUAACUACAACGUUACUUUAGUCUAGUCCGUAGACCUACGCCAGGCUACGGUACAUCUUUGAUGUUUACUGACUACUGAAGCACAAUCAUAGAGGAAGUGCAGCGGCUGGCUCGUUACAGACUCCGUGUUCAUGGUGUUGUCGCUCACACUGGAUGACUGUGCUACUGCUAUAGCUUGCACUGCUCUCAGCCUCAGGUCAGGCAACUGGUUUUUGUAGGCGGCAGCGCAGCAUGCAGCGAACACACGGUAGUGGAACUUACUCCUGUUUUCAGCCGUUGGGAGCGUGCGGAGCUUCGCCGGAACGCAGGUUCUGAACGAGCCCAGUCGCUGGAGGUUGGUGGCGGCCUUCAGGUCUUCAGUGGAAGGUCGGCAAAGAGUGGUUUCAAUGGUCCUGUGUCUUGCCUUCAAGGGGUCGCUCGCAAGGACAUGUGCAUAGCUGAAAUCCUGGAUGUUUUGAAAGAUAUAUCUGACUAAGUGGAGGAAACAAACGUUGCUCAUUGCGCAAUCAUUGUGCAACCGUGACGCGUGACUUACGCCACAGGUGUGGUGCAAGAUGUCAGACGAGGGCGAGAUGUGUGGCUCGCCGCCUCCGCUCAUACCCAAGGGUGGCGGAGAGGACGCUCGGCAAACGAAAAGCGGGGAUGAAACAUCCCGGCGGUCUUCGGUUACCCCGGCAGACACUGUGGAAGCAGGCAGCAAUGUGCGCUAUCAUCCCUACGGUCGCUCCCAGCCGGGUGUUGCCGGUCAACCCUCACAGGUCAGCCAGUCACAAGUACAGGCAGACAGAGAUCACACACAGAUGCACGUUGCGUCAGCGACAUCGGAACAUCCCGCUCAAAGAUCUCACUUGGACACAGCACAACAGCAGCAGCAGCAGCAACAACAAUUUCAGCAGCAGCAGCGUACAGGUGCACAAGCAAUGUAUUACUUGCAACCGUAUGGCACAGCGCCCGAACAAGCACACCAGCAGCAACAGCUCUUUCAGCAGCAGCGGCCCGUCAGAAGCCAGCACCACACUGAAGCUCGCACACCCCAAGACAAGGCGAGACUGACACAGCAGCAGCAGAUAAACGCUGCGCCGAUAAUGUCUUCAGAUCACUCUACAGUUCAACAGUCAGGAGCCCUCUCCAGACCAUCAGCUAGCCACCCCCAGCAACAACAACAGCAACAGCUAUCUUUGCCUCACUCCCAUCGCACUACUACAGCAGUGGACGAUGGCGGCGGCAGUGGUGGUGUGCAGCGUACAGCAAUGGUUUACCCGCAGCAGGCGCACGGACGAGGCCAGACGGCAGACGAGCUGCCCGAGCAGCCUGACAAACAGAGCGCGUAUGACUCGCAGACCGGGCAGCUGUCGCGUGCAGAGGUGGCGACUGGCGUACAGCAGCAGCAGGCGGCACGUCGACAGAUUAGCAGCACCACCAGCAGCAGUACAGUGCAUGCGGAGGCAGAGAUGAGUCGCAUGAGCUCUCUUUCCACGGUGCGUACUCCACAACCCUACCAACAGCAUCAGCAGCAAAAGCAGCAGCCUAAGCAACGUCCUUCACUUUCACAGUUGAGUAGUGCAGGACGAAUCUACGAUCAUUCCCAGCAACGAGGCGCCGGUGUCACUCGUGUCCAGGCACCCAGCACUGGUCAACAGCAGCAACAGGCCAUGGCCAUCAUGGCAUCGCAUCGGCAGCAGCAGCCUAAAACGCACGGCGGCCACGACGGCUCGUUGGACAGCGCCUUCUACAGCCAUGCCAGGCGCACUCCUAGCGCCCAGCAGAUGCAGCAGCAGAAGCAGCAGCAGCAGCAACAACAACCAAUGUAUGCAACAUCCAUGGUGGACGGGCAGCCUUCCCAGAGACACCCACAACAUCGAGCGAAUCAGCAGAUGCAGCCAUCGUCACACCAAGGCUACCACCGACAGCCAGCAGCCCAGGUAUCUCAUACCCCAUCACAGCAACGACGCCAUCAGCAGCAGCAGCAGCAGCAGCAGCUACAACAGCAACAAGAUCUCUACCGUUACAAAUCCCAGUCGCGCCCGCAGCAGUCGCUCUCCGCGGCGGUGGCUGUGACUAUGCGGCCAACAUCACAAGCAAGGCCGGCCGCAGGGCAAGUCGAUUACGCUGUUAUUGACGGGGAUAGUCCACCGUCAAUGCAGUCAACAACCGUGCAGUCUCACCAGCACUUGACAGGAGCAAAGCAAAGGCAGCAGCAGCAGCCACCACAGCAGCAGCAGCAGCACUGGGGCCGGUAUCCGCCUGCUGCCGGCAGUAACCAGUCCACUGCCGGCCAGUACCCUUCGCGUAGUACAGUGUCACCGAGCGAAUCACCUGUCUAUCAGCGACCGCCGAUGAUGAAAUCAAACAGAUCCUCGAGCGCAGGAGUCGAAGCGAUGGACACAGGCACGAAUCCACACCAACCGCUGGUAGCGUCAUCUCACGCCUCCGCUCCGCUUCCCCGCAGCUCUGGCUAUGCUCAAACUGAUACCAACACUGCUACAGGCGGCCAUGACCGCAGCUGGCAAUUUCACACCCAGAAGAGUAAUCGCCAUCAUCACUCCUCCCUCACUCCCAGUCAACAGCAGCAGCAGCACACUUUGUAUUCUAUAACACAGCAGGGAUCACAACGGCCAAGGGAGUCUCCGGCACUGAUGCCCAGAGAUAUAUCCACGAGGCCCAGGCAAGCUCACAGUAAUACUGGCAGCACUAAUGGCAGAGAUGAUGUACAGAUAUCUCCUACAGGAGACAUGGAUACUCUGAGUACACAGGCCGUCGAGCUUUAUGAUGACAUGGAUGUAGCACCUGAGCUGGACGAUUCGUUGUUGAAAGUUGCAAUGUCGAUUUACGACCUGUCCACUUGCCUGGAUGAGAAGAACCCAGACAGGGAGAAGCUUGACACUCUCACCGGCAUCGUUCUGCAGAGUAUAGAUCAGCAAAGAGAGCGUGAAUUCAAGUACAGAUGUCAAGCGGGUGCUUGGAGCGCAGGAGGCCGCUUGAGCGUUGAGUACGUUGGUAAUGUGGGCAACGAAACGUGGAAACGCUUCCACCUGGUGUGUUCUCUGAUUUUGCCUGCUAAAGCGAAACAAUGGGAGCGUUCAGUGUACCACGAUGCCGCAUAUGACUCCACACUCAACGUGUUCCGGUGCCAUUUCUGCAAUGAUGAGUUCAAGCGCCGCCGAGAGCUGGAGUAUCAUUAUCUGGGUCACCGGCGUCCAGCCGCCCCGUACCUCUGCCUGAUCUGCGGUAAAUGCUCACCGGACCGGAAAACAAACGACUCUCACCUGUACCGUCACGUCAUGAAGGACGUGACGUGCCAGCUGUGUGGCAAUGCCAUCAAAUCCAUCACCUCGUACCUGCAGCACUGGAUAGACGACCACUUCUUCGGCACGCCACUUGUGGCCCUGCCCAUUCCCACGCCGGACGACUCUGAGUUGACCAUCACGCCGUGCAAGAGUAGCGACAUGCUCCCGCAGUCUCUGCCCGCAGGCCGCGAUCGUGAUGCAGUUUCCCGCCCGCAAAACUGGGACGAGAAGGUGUCUUGCUACAAACAACUGGCUGCUAAGAUAUCGCCAGAGUCGGCUGGCUACUGGCAGACUCGGGUAGGGAAAGACCCCAGUGUUCAUCAAGCCACUGGUGACUAUUGGUGCGGGCAAUGCGAGAUCAUGUUUCAGUGGCGGCGUGACCUGGAGUUCCACUUCCUGACUCACAUCGAACCAACUCGCCCAUCUGUAUGUCACAUCUGCGGCCGUGUGUUCUCAAAGCAGGAUCAUACUAAUCGCCAUGCCCAUGUGCACAAUCUGGGUGAUCUCAUCUGCCAGCUGUGCGGCGAUACAUUCACUCGGAACUCGCAUCUCGAGCGUCACUGGAACAAUGUCCAUUUCCCCAAUGUUUCUAGUCCCCAAGCAAGCGCUCUCAAUGAAUCAACAUCACCCGUUGAUAGCAGUCAUGCUCUUGGAGACUUGUCCGAUGCAGAGCCCGAAGAAAGCUUCAACGCAUCUCCCCUGCCAGGCGGUUACCUCCAUGAACUAUUGACACGUGAACAAACACGACACGUCGACACCAGCAGCCGGUUCUCUCACAUAAGUGGCUCGCCCAAGCGUGAUCCCAAGCCGAUAACCCGAAUGGACAGGCGCCGUAGCCUGCUCUCCACCACCACACCGACUUCUACAGGUGAGAAGGAGCGCACACCUCGCCGGACCGCCGCAGCUGUUGCUGCAGUUGCUGCUGCUGCGGCUGAAGAGGACUCUCCGCCCGAGUUCAACCCGGAACGGCCGUACAAAUGCAGAAUCUGCCACCGAGCGUUCAAGCGCAGCGCACAUCUUGUUCGACACGAGCAUGACCUGCACCAGGUGCAGCAUGAUCGCAACGCUCCACGCAGCAGCAGCAAGUCCACGGCACCUCACCAGCAGCAGCAGCAGCCUGUUCUGGUCCACUGCCAGAUUGCCAAGUGCAACGCCAAGUUUUUGCGCCGCGAGCUCCUGUGCAGCCACAUGCAGACGGCACACGGAAAGAGCGCCAUUGUCUGCAAGCACUGCGAUCGCGUCUUCACCACAAACGGCGCGCUCACAAAUCACGCCAAGACCCACGAGAGAGCCGCCCGCGAGAAACUGCAGAAGAAGGCCAAGAAGAAGAUGAAGAAGAAAGGAAAGCGACCGGCAACGGGAGCGGCGGCAGCUGCGGCGGCGGCAUCCGCCGCUCGUAAGGCAGCAGCACAGACUCAUAGCCGUAUGACUACUGCUGCUCCCCCAGAGCAAUGGGACGAUGGGGAGGAUGUAGGAGAUGCUGCUGGCCACUCGGGCAAUGCUUCUGAUAAUGCGCAGGUUGGCGAUGAGUACGGCAGUGAGGAGGUUUCACCCAGUGAUGAGCAAUAUGAUGAGGAGCAGUACGAACAUGAGGAGCAUGGUGAGCACGAGGAUCCGGACGAACAUGAUGGAGAAGAAGAACAUGCCUUCGUCAAGAAGGAGCAGGAGGAAGAGGAGACGAACGAGUCGGGUCUCUCCGACAAGGAAGUAGCCAUUGAGUAGGCCGUCCGCUCUCGCAGCGGUGUCACGCAUGUGUGGUACAUUGUCAGGUAUGUCUCAUACACUCACUGUGGGCACUCACUGCGGGCACUCACUGUGGGCACUCACUGCGGGCACUCACUGUGGGCACUCACUGCGGCGCACACAACAGUAGAGUGGAGCAUGCGCACCCACCGGUCUUGCGCACGUAGAAUGUUGUUUGUAUUUAUUGCAUGGGCUUUGAAUUUGCGGCAACUCAAGUAUAGUAACUACGUACAGCUGUACCGUGUACCGUGCUGCGAAGGAACAUCCCUGCUGGUAAAACGGCCCAGAAGUAUGAUAAUUAUGAUAGGUAACUAGGUACUGUGAUACAGUGCUGUGAAGAAAUAUCCCUGCUUGUAAAUCGGUACAAACAUACUUCGGCCUUGUUUUUCUGUUCUUUAUACCCUUCGGGCAGCAAAGCCAAAUCAAUAUACUCCCACGUUGUCCUCUUUUCAUGCACCUAAUUGGUCGAACUGGGUUCUAUUCGCCUCGGAUAGUUAUAGCCUUUUGGCGCAAUGUGUGUUGAUAUGCGUUGCAAUGCACAUACCCCGUACAGGUACAGGAGUCACUUGGGCAGUUGACGAAAAAAAAGAAGCUCCGAGGCUAUUUUUGUGUUUUGCUUUUGUUCUCUUGUUGGGAGUCACAAGCCGAUAAGCAAGAUAACAGUUACUUUGAUCGGUGUACUUACCUACUGUAUAUCACGCAUGGAAAUACUGGCAUUUAAAAAAAUGCAUUUGAGGCUUCCUUACAACUGCUCUGUGCUAUUCCGCCAUAAUAUCCUUGCUCAUUGUACAUUGCAUGCGCGCAUGGGAACGCUGAUUAAUAUUUGUAUUUGAUGUUCCCUGGCAAUGCUGGUAUUGUCUGUAUUUGAUGCUUCCUUUCAUCCACAGUGUGCUGUUCCCUCACACAUGUGCUCCAGUGCAGUUUUGUUUUUGUGGUGUCGUAGCUCUAUUUAACCUGGAUGUGCAAUUGUUUGGGGUCAGUAUUUGGUUUGAUAAUCUUUUUUUUUUCUAAGACAUCAUGAUCGGGUCUAGUAUUAUAUUCCCAUCAACGUUAUAAAGUACAACUGUGUUUGCGUCGUCGACUGCGCACAUGCG